AUGUUUGAUCAUCACUAUCAUGAUGAUGACGGUAAACAAUCGUCAAGUAAACUUAUCUGGCGUAUUAUAAAUGGAAUUGGCUGUUUAUUUUUUCUUUUUGCUGCUUUUGUUAAUUUAAAUGAUCACGACUGGUAUUUAUGGGUAACAAUAUAUGCGUGUACAGCUUGUUUUCUUGCUAUCGAAUUAUUUGAUUAUCGUUCAUCAUCGGUUGUUAUUAUUUAUAUGAAUGCUUUUGUUUUCUGUAUAAUUAUUGCAUUCGGCUGCCAUUUUCUAUUCAAAUAUCAAUAUGAAAAUACUAAUAAUAGCAAUAGUAUGAAAAUACAUUUUCUACACGAUGAAGAAGGACGAGAAUUAAGUGGAUUAGCUCUAGCUAGUAGUUGGCUUUUUCUAAUAUUAUUAAAUCGAUUAAUACAUUUUAAUUAUCGUUUAUCAUUUGUUUUUGUUGCAUGCGGAUUAUUUCUUACGUUGAUACCUGUUGGAAUGUGGUCGGUUUGUUUUGUAUCCGAUGAUUGGCGACAACGUUUUCCUCAAUGUCAUACUAUGAUUGCAUCUCAACAUCAUUCUCAUUUCCAUCCUACUUUAUAA